AUGUCGGAUAUGCCCGAAGGUGAGGAAGGUUGGCGAUCGUAUUACGAGCACCCUUUAACAGCAGCAACUUCAGCCAUGUUGAACAUCAAUGGUGGCGGGGAAGAACAUAAUACAAGUAUGGGAUUGCUAUAUGAAUACUACAAACUUCCACCAAUGGAGAAAGGAGAAAAGACUUUACUGGAAAAAUACGCAUCUCUUCCCGAGAUGUGGAGUGCAACUGUGACUCCAUCCAUAGGAACGAGCACAAUGGCUCCCAGCAUCCCACACCUGCGCCCUCACAUGAAAACUGUAACAUCAGCUGUAGCUAAUGUAUUGGCAUCAGCCACAAGAGCCGAAGAAAUGGAUAUCUAUGUGAACAGUGUCGCCGUCAAGCGUGAGCCGGAAGAACUUACCGCCACUUUGCCGUUGGUGAAUGGUAAUAAAAGAAAUCCCCUUCCCUCCCCUGAUCCCAAUAAGCAUGAUCAGGGAAAAUCUGUAACCCCUUCGCUUAUAUUUUCUUUAUCUAGUGGUGAUGCCUCGUUGUCCCCGGAGGAUCCCUCCCCAACACAGACUAGUACAGUUAUCCCCUUGUUGGUACAAGUUAAACAAAAGAGCCCCUCCCCUUUGUCCAAGACAUCCCUCUCCUCUGAUCUCAAGUCUCCUGGUCAAGCCAUCGAUCUGGUAACAGUAUCAGGGGGAAAUACCCCUGACCUUAGCAAAGCCAGAAGUAUGCAGGCCGGCACUACCCAGUCCCAGAGGACCGCUGAAAUCCCUUUACAAACUGGAGCACAAGCGUACAGUUCGGUAGAGGUUUUCGCUGACGUACCGUCGUCGCAGUCUGGUUAUGAACCGCUAGGUGUUGGACAGUACAGCAUUCUGGCCAAUGCUGUGGUCACCGUGCCCCAGUACGUCACACAAAGUUCUCUGGUCACCAGGACAGCAGGGUCCACUGUCUAUACACUGGCCGCUGCGGAUUGCUACAAAGAGUUGUAUCCUUAUGUGGGCUCCCCUGUUGUGGAACAGUAUCAAACCAUUCGACAGCAUAUAGCCUCGUACCCAGACACUGCCGAGAGUGUGGCUCUUGUUGAUCGCUACAUCCGUCAGAAUAGCAGCUACAAGAGCAGCCUGCACGGACACACUGCUGACCUUCCAUCCCCGGACAGUGGUAUUGGUGAAGCCACGAUCACACCACGAGAUGGCGCUGGUCUUCCCCAGAUCUUUGAUUAUUCGGAAUUGACACAGAAUUCGCAUCUUCUUCAAGCAUCAGGACAACAGUCGCCAUCUAUUUGUAAACCAGGAAGUACACAAGGGACAAAAAGACAAUGGCGUGAAUAUGGAAGAAGUACAGACGCAGAGAAAAUCCAAAUACCACGAAUAUAUUCUGAUGUUGGAUUCCGUUAUUUCCUCGAAUCUUCCAUUUCUACCAAUCAGAGACGGGAAGACGACAGGAUAACUUACAUUAACAAGGGACAAUUCUAUGGCAUCACUUUGGAAUACAUUCCAGACCCGGAUAAACCUCUGAGAAACCCGACAGUAAGA